UUCAGUUACCCUGUCGUAUAUCUUGUGAAUUGUGCAAGCAAAAUGUCUAUUUUAUACUUGACAACGUUGGUGGUCGCGGCAUGUUUGAUGAACGGAUCUUAUACUUCUGAAAUAAGUAGAUGCCCAACAUCACCGAUUAUCUUGGAACAACCCAAGAACCUUCGUGAAUGCUCAUCGGAUAGUAAAUUUAUAAUCCAAAUCAACCACAACUACGACAUCAUGUUCAAAGCAUUAGCGAAACGUGAUUGCAGCUGCGACGAAAAAGACAUCAAGGAAUUCAGAGCACUGUUGACGGAAAUGAGAAACAAAAUUCUCCUGAUCAUAGACUCCUAUUUUCGGUGUGCUACAAACGAUCCGACCGAAGCAAUUAAUGAUGCUGUUGCUUCUUAUGAUUCAAUCCGGAAACGUUUCAGAUCAUACGGAAGGAAAGCUUUCAAUCAAUUGCCGUCAAAAUGUAAUGAGGCUAUACAAUAUGUGCGACGUUUGCCCUACAUUAGUGCUGAGAACACAAUCAUGUCUAUUGUUACCUGUGCUUCACUAAAAAUACAGGAAAAUUAAAAAUUGUCGAUGAGUAUGAUGCGUCGAAGAGAGAAUUGAUUGAAUUGAAAAUAAAAAUCGAUUUUA